GCACAUGGUAGGUCUCGAUCAGGCAAAGUCAGUUCUUGUAGGGAGCUGCUCACUGCUCCUUCCUCCAUCAUCAUUCCUGCGGGGUAGGCCUAUUCAUUUCAUAAAGUUAGAGCCACAGCGCGUGUUUCGAAGUCGUUUCUCCGUGGAUGCAUAUCCAAACUGACACUGAAUAGCCUACUACCGUUCUAGCCAAGAGGAGAACGGACACCGAAUACUACCGUUCUAACCAAUAUAACGCUGGGGAUUCAACAGGUGUUCCGUUGACCGGAAUGGAGUACACUUAUGAUGUCGAUUUGGAAGAGCUAUGUCCUGUUUGUGGCGAUAAGGUGUCGGGAUACCACUAUGGACUACUGACGUGUGAAAGCUGUAAGGGUUUCUUCAAAAGAACGGUUCAAAACAAUAAGAGGUAUACAUGUGCAGAAAACCAGGAUUGUAAAAUUGACAAAACUCAGAGGAAACGGUGUCCAUUUUGUCGGUUUCAGAAAUGCCUGAAUGUUGGAAUGCGAUUAGAAGCUGUCCGUGCCGAUCGCAUGCGAGGAGGCCGGAAUAAGUUUGGCCCCAUGUACAAGCGCGACCGAGCCCUCAAGCAGCAGAAGAAAGCGUUGAUUCGAGCCACCGGCCUCAAGAUGGAGACCACCCCUCCGAUGCUCUCCCCUGACACCCAGACAGACUACACUUUCACGGGCAGUCUCCCGGGCCUCCAUCCGCUCCCCAAGGGCAUCCUCCACACCACCACGACCCCCAUCGCCCCCACAGACUACGACCGCAGCCUCUACGGACCCCCCUCACUGGGCAUGGCUAUGCCUGGACUCCCCCCCCAUGCACCCUUACCCCCCCAGUACCAGUACGCCUCCUUCCCCAGCAGGGCGAUCAAGUCCGAGUACCCAGACCACUACACAAGCUCCCCAGACUCGGUAGUGGGCAGCUACACCUACCCGGAGCAGGUAUACUCUGGACCGGGCUCUCCGAAGGUCCCCGGGGUGCCUCAGCUGGUGCUGGAGUUUCUGCGAUGUGACCCGGACGAGCUGCAGGUACAGAGUAAGAUCGCUGCUCACCUUCAGCAGGAGCAGAGUGGCCAGGGGGGCAAGGGUCAGGAGAGACUCAGCCCCUUCAGCCUAAUGUGUCACAUGGCCGACCAGACGCUCUUCUCCAUCGUGGAGUGGGCCCGAAGCUGCAUCUUCUUCAAGGAGCUCAAGGUGGGAGAUCAGAUGAAGCUGCUUCACAACUGCUGGAGCGAGCUGCUGGUGUUGGACUUCAUCUCCAGGCAAGUCCAACACGGCAAGGAGGGCAGCGUGCUACUGGUCACAGGGCAGGAGGUGGAGCUGGCGUCCAUAGCGUCCCAGGCAGGAGCCACUCUCACAAGCCUGGUGCAGAGAGGACAGGAGCUAGUUGAGAAACUACAGACCCUACAGGCGGACCGCAGAGAAAUUGCCUGCUUCAAGUUCCUCAUCCUCUUCAACCCCGAUGUGAAGCUACUGGAGAGCCAGGCGUUCGUGGAGGGUGUCCAGGAGCAGGUGAACGGGGCUCUGCUGGAGUACACCAUGUGUGCUUACCCCCAGCACCUGGACAAGUUCAGCCGGCUGCUGAUGCGCCUGCCUGAGCUCAAGGCCUUGUCGGCACAGGCCGAGGACUACCUCUGCUACAAGCACCUGAGCGGAGAGGUGCCCUGCAACAACCUGCUCAUCGAGAUGCUGCACGCCAAGAGGGCGUGCGCGUGAGGAGGGCACACGUUUGUGUGUGUGUGUGUGUGUGUGUGUGUGUGUUUGUGUUUGUGUGUGUUAGUGUUUUUGACAAGAGGGAAGAGAGGAGGUGUGUGUGGGUGUCCACAUGUUAAAGAGAUAGAGUGUGAGAAAGGCAGAGGAGA